AUGGAUCAGGUCCACGCACGAGCCCUGGAGGCUCUCCAACCGUUCAUCCUGCUAGCCAAAUCAACCAGCGCAAGCUCACCCCGCUUCAUCGCGAAUAUCAUCACAAAUGCCACCUCAAGCCCACAAACCUAUGUCUUCGCCGAGCUGCUCGAGCUACCAACAGUCCAAGCAUUGCGGUCACCAGACACACCAGCCGAAUUCCAAGGCCAUCUAAAGCUGCUAGAGAUAUUCGCGUGGGGCACAUUGCAAGAUUACCAAGCAACCCCGGACCUACCAGAACUGAACGCAGAACAAACGACUAAACUCCGCCUCCUCUCCCUCCUAUCCCUCUCAACAACAAUCAAACCCCUAACCUACACGUCUCUAAAAACCGCCCUCUCCUGCGCCUCAACAACGGACCUCGAAUCCCUGAUAACAACAGCAAUCUACGCCUCCCUGAUAACAGCCCGCCUCUCCCCAGCCAGCAAACCCCCUUCAGUAAACGUAACAGCCGUCUCCCCCCUUCGCGAUGUCCAACCCACCUCCCUACCAAAGAUGAUCUCCAUUCUGACAGAAUGGGAGUCCCGCUGCGGGGACGUGGUCAGCGACCUGGAAGCGGAGAUCGCCCGCGUCAAGACGGAUGCUGCCAAGCGUGCGCACAAGAAAUAUACCUACGAUCAACGGCUCGAAAAGGCUGUGGAGCGUCGCCAGAAUGGUGCUUCUGGCGAGGGUGGUGGUGGGCGGAGGGGGAAUAGGGCUCGGUUUGGGGCUGGGCUUGGUGGGAGUAAGAGGGAUGCUGAUGAUAUUGAUCAGGACGAUGGGUUCUUUGAGACUGGGGAUGGGGAGGGUUCGCGGAUGGAUAUUGAUGAGGGGGCUGGUGCUGGUGCUCGCUCUGGGAACAGUCGUUCGAAGAGGGUGUUGGGGCGGAAGUCUUGA